UUUCUCCUCCUCGCCAGGGAAAGGCCCCCCCGCCGCCGCCGUCGUCGUUCCAGCUAUAGCUUUCCCCGCCGGCGGUGGCGAUCGAUCGAUCCUCUCCUCGUCGGUUGAUUAGGGUCAAGAAUUCUUCCCUCUCCCAGCUUGGUUGAAUUUCUUGGUUUGAUCAAGGGGAGGAAUUAAUUGAGAGGUGAAUUAGUUCGCCGGAGUUUGUUUCUCUCUCUCUCUCCUCUUCUCUGAGCUGAGAGGGGGAGGAGAGAAUCAAGUGACGAGUUAUAGUAUGGCGAGGAGCGGCGGCGGCAAUGGUGGGGGAGAAGGUGGCGGCGGCGGCGGCAAUGGCGGUGGCGGGGGAGGGUUGAAGAAGGGGCCGUGGACGCAGGCGGAGGACAAGCUGCUGGUGGACCACGUGCGGCGGCACGGCGAGGGGAACUGGAACGCCGUGCGGCGGGAGACCGGGCUGCAGCGCUGCGGCAAGAGCUGCCGCCUCCGGUGGGCCAACCACCUCCGCCCCGACCUCCGCAAGGGGCCCUUCUCCCCCGACGAGGAGCGCCUCAUCCUCCGCCUCCAUGGCCUCCUCGGCAACAAGUGGGCUCGCAUCUCCUCCUACCUGCAUGGGAGGACGGACAACGAGAUCAAGAACUACUGGAACACGCGGCUCAAGCGGCGGGUGCGCGCCGGCUUGACGCCGUACCCGCCGGAGAUCGAGAGGGAGAUCGCGCACCUCCGCGCGCAGAAUCUCAACCUGUCCGCCGAAGGCGGCGGCGGCGGCGGCGGCAUGCUGCCGCCGCCGCUCCUCCUCGACCCGAGCAACCCGUUCGCCUUGCAGCAGGCGCCGGUGGUGGCGCCGUCGCCGUCGGCGUCGCAGGCGAAUUCGCCGCCGCUGAUCAACCAGAAUUACCCGCUCCUGAACCAGAUGCAGGGGCUGCAGCUUCUCCACCUCGCCAACCACCAGCAGGCGCCGCCGCCGCAGCAGCAGCAGCAGCAGCAGCCGGCGUUCCACCACCACCACGACGGCGGCGGCGGCGGCGGGUUCGUCUCGUCGGGGCUCCCGCCGCUGCCGAACAGACCGCGCGAGCUCCCUUCGAACCAAUUCGAGACGGCGACGAGCGGCGGCGGCGGCGGCUGCGACGCGCUGCUCGAGUCGCUGCUGCUCGGCGACGACCACCUCCUGCCGCGGCCCAACCCCGCCAUGCUCAGGGUGGGCUCCAUGCCCGAGCUGAUGUACCGCGAGCCUAGCUCAAGCCACGUGCUCCAUGGCGGCGGCGGCGGCGGAGGCGCCAGCGACAGUGACGUCACCUCGCAGUAUCCUCCGGGAGAAGAGGACCCGCAUUAUGGCGGGAGAUGGGACUUCAUCUUCGAGGACGUGAAACCCAAGAGGAAGGCGGCGAGCGCGGUGGAGGAGAUCUCCGGCAUGUUCGGCAUCGCCCCGGGCUCCAUCCCGGGGGAAUGGUUCAACCCCGGCGGCGUCGGCAGCGCCGCCGCCGCCGCCGGCGGGUCGUCGGCUCCGUCUCCGGGGCCGUCGUCCGUCGUCACCACCGACGACGACUUCACCCUCGAGAUGCAGCAGAUCAUGUCGUCGCUGCCGCUGCUUCAACCUGAAGAGCAUCAUAACUGGAACGCAUAAAGCUUUGGAACAGCAAGAUGAGAGAUGAUUUGGUAGUGAGAGAGAGAGAGAGACUGUAAAUCGGUUCUGAUGAGCAGUGAGAAAAAAUGUUGGUUCUUGUUUUUUGUUGUUUGUACUGGGCCUUAUUGUCGGAUCUGUCACGCGCUCUGCCUUUUGAAUUGCAAACUGUUUUUCGUUAUUGCUAUCAAGUAAUUAAAAGGGUUUCUCGUA